AUGUCGCCGCUCAGCGUGAACGGAACGCUCCGCGACCACUACCGCUUCUCCGACUGCUCGCGCAGGGCCGUGCGCCGCGCCGCCCGCAGGCACAAGUGGCGCUGCCUCGAGCCCGCCACGCGGCCCUUCUGUGGAAACGGGUUGGUGGAGGGCGCGGAGGAGUGCGACUGCGGGAUGGACGUGGAGUGCCGCGAGGUGGACCGCUGCUGCGAUUGCCUCUCGGCGACGAGGCUGGUGGAUGCGAAGUGCCCUUGCGCUUCGAAGCACGACUGCACCUGUGGCGUGCUGGGCCGGUGUGUGGGCAACAGCUGUCACGCCGUCGAAUGCGCCGUGCUGCAGCUGCGUGAGUGCGAAUGCACCCCACACAACGGCAGCUGCCGCACCUGCUGCCAGCUGUCUGCCGGCGACUGCCUCACAGCUGCAGACGCCGCUCUGCGUCUUGCGCAGCAAGGCGCCUUCACACUGCAGCAGCUGGAGCAGAUGGAUGGGGUGCUGUCGGAGUCGAGGGGCACGGCGGAGACUGAAGAGGAGGUGCAGUUGUGCUCGGCGAGAGGAGGUGGCUGCGUGCAGCUGCACUUUCGGCUCUGGCCGACGGGCGGGCCGUGUGUGUCGCGAGGCCAUGUCGGCCUCUGCUCGCUCCGUGGCUGCCACACGCAGCAUCUACGCCUCCAGGACGUCUGCCCCUGGGAUGGUUGCCAUGAGGUGCCCGCAACUUGCAGCCUCGAUCUGAUCGCCUGCGAUGGUGGUGUCUUAGCAGCCAGCGGGGUGGAAGCCGUCAGAUGCCAGAGUGGUGCCGUAGCAGGGCGGAGUGACGGUGGUGGGGACAGUGGCGGCAAAGGCACCUGUGGCUCGUGUGGCCACGAUCCACAUCCUGGUGAGCAAGGCUGCAUUUUGGCUGUGCCAUCUUCACGUGCCUCGGAUUCUGCGCCGCAGUGUGCUACAAGGAUGGCAGAGUGGCUCACGUCUUCGGCACUGUUGGCUCGCUGA